GCACAGAAGAUGCAUCUGGCCAGCUUCCUGCUCCUCCUUCUGGCUGGACGCCUGGUCCCUUCUCAAGGUCAGCUGCAUUCCAUGCACUACGGCCAGGGUCAUGCCCACCACCCCUGUCAGGCUCCCGGCACAAGUAAAGGCUUCUCUAGCCUCAAGAUCACCCCAGGCAACACCACCUUUGCCCUCUGCUUCCACCACCUUUUGGCUUCUCAAGCCCCUGGGGGCAGUAUCUUCGCCCCUCUGAGCAUCUCCUGACUAGCUAUGCUGUCCCUGGAGGUCAGCUCACACAGCAGGACUCAGAUCCUGGAGGGUCUGGGCUUCAACCUCACACAGGUAGCAGAGUUCGUCAGCCACCAAAGCUCCCAGAACCUUCUGCACACUCUCCACCUCCCAGGCAACAGGCUGUAGAUAUGCGUGGGCAAUGCCUUGUUCCUGAGCCCUGAGCAACUGCUUCUUCUGAGAUUCCUCAAGGACUCCGCAAUGUUCUGUGAGUCUAGACUCUUCUGCACCAACUUCAAAGACUCUGUGAUCAUGACCCAGCUAAUCAACCACCACCUUAGGGAGGAAACUCAGGGGAAGGUUGUGAAUUUGGUCAGCAAGCUCAAUGCCAAUAGUAUGAUGAUGCUGGUGAAUUACACGUACUUCAAAGCUCUGUGGGAGAAACCAUUCAUCCCUUUCUUGACCGCUCCCCACAACUUCUGUGUUGAUGAGGACACCACCGUCAAGGUGCCUACGAUGCUGCAGGAUACCCAGCACCACUGGUACCUUCACGACAGGUACUUGCCCUGCCUGGUGCUGUGGACGGAUUACCAAGGAAACACAGCAACCCUCUUUAUCCUUCCUAACCAAGCGAAGAUGGAGCAGGUGGAAGAGGUUUUGACUCCCAAGUUGCUAACAAGAUGCAGCAACUUGCUCCGGAAGAGCCAUUUUUACAGGAAGCUCAAGUUGUAUCUCCCCAAGUUCUCUAUUUCUGGCUCCUAUAGAUUAGAUCAGAUUUUGCCCAAGCUGGGCAUCACAGACCUGUUCUUGCAGCGGGCUGACUUGUCUGGCAUCACGUAACAACUAAACCUGCAGGUGCCCAAGAGUUUCCACAAGGCUGUCCUGGAGGUGGAUGGCACCCAGGCUGCAGGGGCCACCGGCAGUUUUGUCACCUUUUGGCCCUGGGACAACCACCAAGCCCUUUGGUUUAACCAGCUCUUCCUUGUGGUGAUCUUUUCCACCAAUGCCCAGAGCAUCUUCUUUCUGGGAAAAGUGGUCAACCCCACAAAACCAUAG